CCAGCAGUCUUGACGUCACGAUGAGAGGCUGUGGGAGCUCAGCAGAGAGACUGAACUGCGACUCAGGGAAAAAGCUUGACAGAGUUUGGACUGAGAGCAGCCGGGAAACUCCAGCUCCAGUGUGCCUCCUGCAACCUGUUGCCUACUAGUUGUUGUCUCUGAAACAUUGUAUCGUUCACUCCAGGUAAUGGACUAUUAAGAGAGACUUUUAACAAGACAUCCCCAGCAAGCAACUUCAACGCGAGUCUAAAUCGCCGCUGUCCUCACAUCACCCACAGCCUCCCAACAGAAGCAGCGACCAUGGGCAAACAGAACAGCAAGCUCCGUCCCGACGUCAUGCAGGACCUGAUGGACAACACGGACUUCACCGAGCACGAGAUCACCGAGUGGUACAAGGGCUUCUUGAGGGAUUGCCCCAGCGGUGCACUCUCCAUGGAGGAGUUCAAGAAGAUCUACGCCAACUUUUUCCCUUACGGAGACGCCUCCAAGUUCGCCGAGCACGUCUUCCGCACAUUUGACGCCAACGGUGAUGGGACUAUAGAUUUCAGGGAGUUCAUCAUCGCCCUGAGUGUGACCUCUCGUGGUCGGCUGGACCAGAAGCUGAAGUGGGCGUUCAGUAUGUACGACCUGGACGGGAACGGUUACAUUAGCAAGGCAGAGAUGCUGGAGAUUGUAACGGCUAUUUACAAGAUGGUGUCCUCUGUGAUGAAGAUGCCUGAGGAUGAGUCAACACCUGAGAAGCGCACAGAUAAGAUCUUCAGGCAGAUGGACACAAAUAGAGAUGGUAAACUAUCCCUUGAGGAGUUUGUUGAGGGAGCAAAGAACGACCCCUCCAUCGUGCGGCUGCUUCAGUGUGAUCCCAGCAGUGCUGGGCAGUAAAUACCUGGACUUUUUUCCUUUUACAGUUUAAUUAUUGAACACAUCUUCAAAAUCCACCCAAGCUGACCCACCUGAGAUUACUGACAUUUAAUCACUUGAGCUAUAGAGGCACAUGCACCAACAUGCAAGCACACAAGUAUCUAUUUAAGUAUAGACAUCAUGCAACAUGCUACAAAUACCACAUAUAAUGUUUCAGACGCCCACAAGCACAUACUGUACAUGUGCCUCUACGUCAGGUCAAAAUCUGCAGACAACAAGGGUCUUUGAUACGGUACAAAUAUAACCUAAAGGACUGAAAUCCCAUCAAAGACUUGUUCAACACUGAAUCAAAGCCGUGCUGUCUUCGUCUCAGAGGACAGCUAACAUGGAUAAUCCAACAGAUUUGUGAGGUACACUGAGCCGAAUCCAAGUUCGCUGUCUCUUUUUAUGCUUUUAUUUGUUGUUUUUAAUGCAUUGUCCUCUACUCAAGGGGAAUCAUGCUCAUGUUUUGUUUCACUUUAACUGACUCGGGUUGUUGAUGGCGACAGACAGACCUUUCCUCAGAGUAUUGCAGUCAAACUCGACUUCUGCACUGGAUGAAAUGAAGUAUGUGAGUCUGGGAUGAGUGUUCACAGCUCACAGUAUGGCUCAUGUAGACCGGUCUGGGUAAUUUAGUUUUUUAACUGUUGAAGAAUUUUUGAAAAGGAUGACUUUUUUUAUGUGUAUUUUGGAAGAAUGUUACAGCAAACCAAAACUGACUCAGAGUUCUUAUUGAAGGGGAAUAUUUUGACUACAGAUUUCAAGCAUCUGUUCUUUUUGAAAGUGACUUUUUAUGCCAAGUUCUGUGUCCACACACAAAAACACACACAAACAUUAACACUUUUAUUUUAGUGAUGAACACAUGAACUUGACAUAUGCAUAUAAACUGAGCUGUGAUUUAUUUUUCUUCAACUAUGAUUGAACAAGCGUAUCAGUAAAAACAAAAAAAAUUAGAUGUUAUAUGAAUAUAUAGUAUGUACUUAUAUAUUCUUUUACUCUGUUUCUCUGUGAUAACAUUGUGGUGAUUUGCCACAAUCUAAUGUUUCAUUUUUUUGACGUAUAAAUUAUUGGAAUGUGAUGAUAAACAAUUUAUUUUCUUUUACUUGACAAAUACGAUAUGAAAGAAAGUUGUACAGUAUAUUCACUCAUAUUUAUGCUAGAGAAGAUAAAAAGGAGAGGACCACACA